AUGAGCGAUGCCUCGGAAGAGCAGAUCAUCGAUGACUUCCAGCAACGGACGCGUGGAUACUGGACUACUCAGCAAUACGAAAGGGUGACUGCGCUUCUGAUCUCAUGGGCUGAUGACGAAUUGGGAGUGGCUUCCGAGAUUGACCGGCUCAAGGUGCUACUUGAGCAGCACUUGAGAUACAGCACCCAGCGAUACCACAUACCAAGCAUUAAUUCGGAGGCUGAGUUAUCGCAUAGAUUGACUUCCUUCGUCAGGGAAUGUGCCCUAGGCGAACGUGAUUUAGCUAUUGUGUAUUAUGGAGGGCAUGGAGAUAACACCGUGGUCGAUGAGGCCGGGUACCCGGCCUGGAGAGCCAAGCUAGAGAAUGGGCCGACUGUUGAAUGGUUUCCGCUUCAGAGACAGCUUGGAAAUGCACACAGCGAUGUAUUUGUACUCUUGGACUGCUGCUAUGCUGCAACCAAGAUAUCCCGAGAAUUCGAGAACGGUCAAUUCGAGAUUCUGGCUGCAUCGAGCUCUGGGUCGAGAGUGCCGAAGCCAGGAAGAUUGUCGUUUACUUCAGUUCUCAUCAGAGAGCUGAAGAAGCAGAUUGAUGCUGGUAAAGACGUACCAAUCCGCUGGCUGCAAACGCAUCUCUGGAGUGCUUCAACUCCGCCAGCACUCACCGAAUCACCGCAAUAUUUUACAUUGGUGAAGCGAGACCUUCCUACGAUCAGGUUGGCACCUUUAACGGCGAAGAUUGCUCCGGGUUUCGCACAGAAACAGCCCGCCGCCUCAUCCUUUGCUCUCCUUUCCAUAUCAUUUACAGAAGACCCAACAGCACAUCAACUAGCAGAUUGGCUUAAGAGCUAUCCCCCAAAUACCGUCAGUGAGGUGAACAUCGAGGCGCUAAUACUCCGGGCACGAUUUCUCGAAGGAUUGAAUGAGAAACACCAUCCAUUACAAGGCUCCAUCCUCGGAAAGGUUUCCCCUUCUGCCCAAGCUGAGAUUAUCGAUCGGAUGUCAGAGCUCUCAAACGUUAUGAAGAAGAGCAAAGUAUUGACACAGGCAGAGGUAGCACUAGCCGAUAUACCUGGAGAUCUAAGAGCCACGACUCUGCAAAAUCUGAACAGCAAGGUGGCCGAGGUUUCCGAGAGUGUCGAGAAGGGCAUCUUACUGGAUUCCAACAUAGACCUCACAGCAGCUCAAGACGACUCAGUCGUUGCGGCUUGUGAAGUUGAUCAAGUCAUCAGUUUACGGCAGCGGCUUCUGAGCUCCGCGUCAAUACCUGAUCGACUGGAUCUUCCACGUGGGUUGAUCACUUGGGAUAAACGUGGCAAAGGAGACGGACAGUCUCGAUUGCGUACGGGAAACAUCAAAGGACGUCCGAUUGUCGCCGAGAUAUUCAAUUACCAGCACCUUACUACAGCUACCUCGAACGAACCCCCACCUCACAUGAUGACGCAGUUCAGGAAGAUGGUAGCGCUAUUAUGCCAUCCCAAGCAAGAGAAUUUCCACAUUCUUCCCUGCUUAGGAUACACACACGAUUGGGCCAGCAAGACUCUGUCGCUCAUCUUCGAGGUGGUCUGGGAUUCUUUCGACACGCAAAUCUCACAGAUGAACAUUUCCGGAACCUCAACCCGCAAAUUCGGCACGCCAUUGAUGCUUUCGAAAUAUAUGUCCAAGCAGAAGAGAGUUGCACUGGGAGUGCGUGUAAAAUUAGCAGCUAGCCUUGCAAAGGCGCUAGAGAGUUUCCACAAAGUCGGAUGGGUGCACAAAUCACUGAAGAGUGACAACAUUGUUUUUCUUCCGCCCGAUGCGGACGCGGAUGCAGCCACCGUGUUGGACCAGCCGUGGCUGUUUGGAUUCGAAUACUCACGUCCCGAGGACGACAGUACACUUUUGCAAGAGGAUCAUUCUCUAAGUAACAAUGCAUAUAGACAUCCUGAGCGAUGGGGCAAGCCACUCAUCAAGUUCAAGAAAUCGCACGAUAUCUACUCUCUUGGAAUCAUAUUACUGGAGCUGGCUUAUUGGAAACCGAUAAUAGGGUUCCCGGAGAUGAAGUCUAGCCCUGGCAGAACCCUGGUGCCCACAAAGAUCAGAGAUGAGCUUCUGGGGAGACUGCGGACGGAGGGUCCGCAUGUUUGCGGGCAGAGCUUCGCAGAUAGCAUUGUCGCCUGUCUUACCUUUGAAGAAAUUGCUGCUGGUUUAGACGAGUUCGGUGCUCACAGUGAGUUCUCUUCAAGGAUCGUGAACCGUCUGGCGAGCAUUAGAGGCAUUUGA